UUGACACCAGUGCGGAACAGGACCUCCGAAGAGAAAGCGGAGAGUGAGCCGGGUUGUUGUAUUAUUUCCCUGCUCCGUCUCCUGUCCGCUUUUGUUUUUUGACAGUUGUCUCAGGAGAAACUCUGCUGCUCGCUUCGUCUGGACCAAGAAAACUUCGCGCCGUCAGACCUAACAAUGGAGAUAGAGAAGGAAGUGAAGAAGAUGACCCUGGGUCACGAGUUUGGCGCUGGAGCAGCCUGCUUGAAGUGCAAGGACAAGUGUGAAGGCUUCGAACUGCAUUUCUGGAGAAAAAUCUGCCGAAACUGCAAAUGUGGCCUCGCGGAGCACGACGUGUCGAUGAACUCGGAGGAGAACAAGAAGGUAGGCAAGCUGUUCGAGGACACCAAAUACACCGGCCUCAUCGCCAAGCUGAAGACCGACGGCAUACCCAGCUACAAGGGCAACAUGAUGACCGUCACUCUGCCCGCCUCCGCCACUGCUUACAUCGUCCCGCCGAGCGCCACUUCCACUGUUGUGCCCCCCUCUGCCAGAGCUGGUUCUGUACAGCCUGCUGGAGCUUCUACCGGACCCAGUUCUGUACCGCCUGCUGGAGCUUCUAACAGGCCCGGUUCUGUACCGCCUGCUAGAGCUGCUACCGGACCCGGUUCUGUACCGCCUGCUGGAGCCUCUGCAGGUACAGCACCCAGCGGAGCUCAAGCCCAGGCCCUGGCUCAGCCCGUACCAGCAGGUGCUGCACCAAUGAAGGCUAACAAAGUGCCGGCGCCACUCAGCGCCACAUCAGCCAGCGUGAUGCCAGUUCCCAAAGAUGUGCCAAUGAAGUCUGUCACCUAUGAGUGGGCACCUCCAGUAGCCAAUAAGUAUCUGGCGGUGCGUUACAUCGAGCUCCUCCCACCAGAGAAACGUCCGGUGGCCGGUACAGAGGGAGCGGCUUACCGUCGGCAGCAGAUGGCCCGCCAGCUGCCUGAGCACGACCAAGACCCGUCCAUGUGCCAUGAACUGACUCCUGCCGAGGUCAAGCAGAUGCAGCAAUUUGUCCGCAAAUACAAGGAUGAGGCCCUGGGGGUCGGAGACGUUAUGCUGCCUGAAGAGAUGGCUGCGGUUCAGGCAGGAGGGCAGGGUGGAGCCGGUGGUGUUGGUGCUGGAGGUGCGCCUGGUGCUGGAGGAGCAGGGUUUGGCCCUGGUGCACCUGGAGCUGGGGUUGGUGCUGGGGGUGGUGUUGGAGGGGCUGGAUUUAGACCGGGAGUUGGGGUUACUGGAGCUGGAGCUGGAGCUGGAGGUGGCUUUGGGCCAGGGGCUGCAGGCACCGGUAUCGGGCCUAUGGGUGGGCCUGGAGUAGGUGCCGGCUUUGGACCUGGAGCAGGGGGUAGCGGAGCUGGAGCUGGAGAUGCUGGAUCACAUUCAGGGCCGGGGACUGGGCCAGCUGCUGGCUUUGGGCCAGCUGGAGGAGCCAUGGGCACUGCUGCCACUGCCGGAGCCAUGGGCGUCCCUGGAGCUCAGCAAGCUGGACUACCACAACAGAACUUUACGUGCCAUCACUGCCAGCAGCCGAUGCGUCUGGGCGAGCCGGCCGUCUACGCCGAGCGCGCCGGCUACGAUAAGCUGUGGCACCCAGCAUGCUUUGUCUGCUGUACCUGCAGCGAACUACUGGUGGACAUGAUCUACUUCUGGAAGAAAGGCAAGCUGUACUGUGGACGCCACUACGGAGACAGUGAGAAGCCGCGCUGUGGAGGAUGUGAUGAGCUGAUCUUCAGCAAUGAGUACACUCAGGCUGAGGGACAGAACUGGCAUCUGAAGCACUUCUGCUGUUUCGAGUGUGACUGCAUCCUUGCCGGAGAGACGUACGUCAUGGAGAAUGAAAAGCCUGUGUGCAAGCCCUGCUACAUGAAGAGCUACGCUGUGAAAUGCGCCGCCUGCCAGAAUGCGGUGGAGCCCGAGGCGCAGAGGGUUUCCUACGGCGAGCACCACUGGCACGCUGAGCCGGAGUGCUUCAAGUGCUCCGGCUGCUCCAAGUGCCUGAUGGGCCAGCGCUUCAUGGCCGUGCAGGGCUUCCUCUUCUGCUCCGUGGAGUGCAAGAAGAAAACCAUGGCUUAGAGCUGCCAAAGCAACUCUCUCCAUCUGCUCCACAACCACUUGUGAAACCAGGACAGGUUCAGCUGAAACUAGAAACCAGAGCAGGGAAAACAAACACUUGCACAGCUGCGGAGACAGACUUCGGUUGUGUGGUUGUGUUAACGUGAAAUAGAGUGCCUGAUACCUCUAAUAUAGAGAUAUACAAUAAUAAUGAGUCCAUUUGCACUUGGGUGCUCUUUCCUUUCUGUCCAUGAAAGACCACAGUAUUGAUAAAUCUGUCUCAACUUCUUCUGUCCAGUUUGUCCUCUGCCUUAAAACCGUCGUCUUCCUUCAACCAGUAGAUUUUUUUUGUUUUUGUUUUUUUUUCUAUGCUUCUCUUGCACUGUUUUUUCAUAUUGAUGAGAUUAAUUUUGUAUUGAUCAGACCAAUUUAUUAAUGUUAAACCUGUGUCUGUUUAAUGGUAUGAGCGCUGAACCUAUUGUUGAUUUAAUGUGCCACCUUUUUACUGCUUCUACUACUGAUGCUCACCCUCCUCUAUGCAGCAGUAUGACGAGCAAUAUUAGCCAGGUUUGGAGUUGAUUUGCUUCCAGUGCACUGUAUUCCAGAUCGAAGUGAAAUUAUCAUAUAAAUUAUAAUAAUAAACGACCUACGACUUCUCAAUCCAGUCAUUAUGUGUUUCAACAGCUUUGACUGAAGAAAUUCAGUUCCUGAAUUGAAGUGAAAUUACUGGAAGUAAAUAGCCCCAAAUCUGACAGCAGUAUUAUUGGCGGAUUAAUAGUAUUUUCAUAUUAUCUUAAGGGAACAAAACAAUGUGAAAACCUUCAGUAAACACCACCAAUUAGCAAUUAUUAUUAUUUAUUCUUUAUUUGGAUCCACAGCUUUCACAAGGUGAUCUCUAGUCUUAUUAAAUAAAUGACCAAUGGUUACAUGCAAAAUAAAUCUGCAACUACUUAGGAUUUACCCGAAGAGUUUUUAUUAAAGUCUGCUUGUAUCACCGUCUGGCCCCAUGACAGCUGUAAACACUGUAAAGCUGUCACAUAGGAUGACUUGAUGAAUUGAGGAAAAACCACUGUAAAUUGUUAAACAUAAAACUUUUUACUUUUGUAAUUUUUGUGCCAAGUACUUUCUUUUUCAUGCAAUAAACUGCACUUUAAAUUGUU